CAAUACGUUCAUACAGUAUUAUAGUUUGCGCUAUUUUGACACAAACGCCUGCGCAAAUCAGUCUAAAAAAUAAGUACUGUUCUGUAGUAUUUGUGCCCCGAUACUGCACGUUUUAUUUUCUACGUUAAACUGGCAGUUGACAUUUCUGACGUCCGCUUAGCGAGACAAAUAGAGGAGAGAGAUCAUCUGAAUGCUUUGCUAGUGAACGUCGAAAUGCUUGUGUUAAGGCUUUAAAACUGGUGCCUUUAAGUGAAAUCUAUAUGAGAAAUGAUCGUAUUUGCUGAGGACAUUUCAUAACUGGAAAUCCAGCUGCCUUGGAAGACAAAACUAAUCCAGAUGUGUUGCCCAACGAAAAUUUAGGAAACAUUUGUAGUCUCUAACCAGGUCAAUCUGCCUGCCUACUCCCUAUUUAAAAGGUUUUUGAAGCCAGAGGUCCAAGCUGAAGUUGUUUCUGUAUGGUGCACAAGAAUUUGAUGGUUUCACAAUUUAUUGAAGAAAUUUGAGCAAAGCAGAUUUAUGAAAGCUGUGUUAGUGAGUCAAUUCAAACUGAUGUACCUAACUGAAGAAUAUUCAAGUCGUGUUUUUCAGAAUUUAGAUUUUUGCAGUUCAAUAAUGUACACCUUGUAAGCAAAAGUUCAAGUGAUGGAUGUAAAUGAGAAUUAUGUUAAAAAUAAUUGCUUUAUCCCUAACGUGUGUAGCUGAUAUCUCUUGAACCGUGCCAGACUCAGCAUACUUGCAAACUUGCAAAUCUUUAUAAGCCUUGAGCUGUAAUCCAAUGUAAAAACUACGGCUUUUAAUUAAGUAAUUCACCAAAUACGUCGUGAUGUUGGGGAACUUGUAAAUAUCACGCCGUAAUGACCAAACAAGGGUCAAAAACUUUGUUUAUCGUAUCUGUUCCUCGUAUCUCCACUAAGCCUUCAAUAGUAUGCACUUCAAGACAUAGUUAUACUCAUCGGACAUUUGUUCUAAAUAAAAAUAUUCUCUUUCCUCCGCCUGAUAACCACCCCUGUUUAUAAAUAUAAGUAUUAUCAAAAAUGUAAUAUUCUAGCUCUUUUUCACUUGCUCCGUUUAUGAGUGCGGCUUCUAGAAUUUUCUUCAUUAUAACAAUUAAGCGUAAAUGAGCAACAGCAACCAAAAUCCAAUUGAAAAGUAAAAAAUACAAAUACACCAACGUAAAAUGAUUAAUAAUAAAUUGUGUAAGGUCAGGUUACACAAUAACACAUGUUUAAUACUGAAAGCAGUGAACUAGACAUUCCAAUAACUAUCAUUUCGUUACAGAAAUAACGCAAAUGCAGUAUUAAAAUAAGGAAUAACAUUAUUACUGCAUGACAGUAUUUAGCAUGUCCAAUCCAAUAACUCUCUAGUAACUCCGAUUGUCAACUGCUAGGUCAUACACAGAUAUGUCAUACACAGAUCACAGAGGUUACUCUGUUAUCUGUGAUGUCACAGUCCGAGAUUGUGUUUAGCACGUUUUGCCAACGAUAACAAAUUUUCUAACCUCUGUAUCUUUAGAUGCGUGUGCGAAACAUACAACUUGGGAAACAUAAAUCAGAAACAAGUAUUUAUAGUUGAACUUUUGUGAUCGUAUUAGAUACUGACCACCAUUGAUAGCACAGAGAGUUAGUGAUAGUGAGGUCAGUCAGAAAUUACACCGCAAACAUGAGUACCACUUCAGAAGCCAAUGGGACAAUCUCCUGUCCGAAGAGAACCAAAGUCGGGGGCAUUCCGACGUUUCAUUCUCCCUUGAGUGAUAUUGUUGCUCCACCAAGUUACAAAUCAAAAUGCACGUGGAACCGACCGGGUAAUAACGAUCAAAUCAACCCUCAUAACACUGAAGAUUGGAGGCGCGAAAGCAAGCUGUUGCCCAACAUUCUGCAUUCUAUAGGAAACACACCCAUGGUCAAACUGAACAAAAUUCCACAAAGUGCAGGAAUUAAAGCCAAUAUUUAUGUUAAGUGCGAGUACUUCAACCCAGGUGGUUCGGUAAAGGACCGCAUUGGGUUCAGGAUGGUCGAAGACGCAGAGCGCCAAGGCCUCUUGAAGCCUGGCUAUACCAUCAUUGAACCGACCUCUGGAAACACCGGCAUUGGCUUGGCGCUGGCCGCAGCCGUGAAAGGUUAUCGGUGCAUCGUUGUCAUGUCCGAGAAAAUGUCCAACGAGAAGGUGUCCACUCUUCGGGCUCUCGGAGCUGAAAUAGUGCGUACCCCCGUCAAUUUAGAUUCGUUCGCACCUGGCGGCAUGUUCGGUGUUACGCAUGAACUGCACAAGACGAUUCCCAACUCCGUUAUUCUGGAUCAGUACUCCAAUCCGGGUAAUCCUUUGGCGCACUACGACACCACCGCAGAAGAAAUUUUCGAUCAAUGCGAUCAGCAAGUGGCUAUGAUUGUGAUCGGCGCCGGAACGGGUGGCACUGUUUGCGGCAUUGGACGGAAAUUUAAAGAAAUUUCUCCCCAAACGAAAAUUGUGGCUGCCGAUCCCGAGGGCUCCGUAUUGGCGUUGCCCGACGAUCUGAACAAAACAGACGUAACUUUCUACGAAGUAGAGGGCAUAGGUUACGAUUUCCUGCCUACCAUUCUGGAUAGAUCUGUGGUGGAUAUAUGGGUGAAAACGCACGAUUCCAAAUCGCUCCCCAUGGCGCGCCGGCUUAUUAAAGAAGAGGGUUUGCUUUGCGGCUCAUCAAGCGGAGCCAAUGUGGUGGCAGCACUCGAAGCCGCCAAAGACCUAGAACAGGGUCAAAAUGUGGUAGUUAUUCUCCCCGAUAGCAUUCGUAAUUAUAUGACGAAGUUCGUUUCCGACGAGUGGAUGCAGGCUCGCGGGUACAUGCCUUGCGAAAAUACUCAUAAUCACUGGUGGUGGUACAAGACAAUUGCCGACCUCAAACUGCCCACCCUUCAGGUGGCUACUUCGUCAAUGACAGCUGACAAGGCGGUACAGCUCAUGAGGCAACUGUCAGUGGAUCAAAUUCCUGUGGUGGAUAAUGACGGGAGCAUUAUUGGAAUGGUUACUCUACAAAAGCUAAUGACAGCUAUGAUGACCAAAAGAUUACCAGCAAAUAGUACGUUGGAAAGCCAUAUUGUUAGAGUGUACCCCAAGCUGUACGACAGUGCCUUUUUGGGCCUGAUUUGCAGCGUAUUGGAAAAAGAACCCUAUGUGAUAUUGCUUAAGAAAGCCGAAGGUGAUUCGGGAGUAGAUAAACCGGUCUCGAUCGUGACACCAAUGGAUGUAUUAUCUUAUAUCUCUGGGAAGCCAAACUAAUAAUUUUUCCAAACCUAUGUAUACGCUGAGAAGGAGCAGAUGCCAAAAGCAGCUAAUGAAGUAAUUCUGCCCCCGAUAGAGAAGAAAUCUGUUGUAUUAUAAUCCGCAUUUAAUACCGAGAUAAAAUUAUAGCAUCUUCAUAACUGAAA